AUGGCCUGGCGCAAUCAGGGCAUUACCGGCUCCAACAAUAUCCCACUGGGUCGUCGUCGUUUUGGUGGCGACGACGUUGCGGACGAUGAAAGUCGUACCGCGACCCCUGCCUCCGUUGGGGACAAUGGGAUCAAACGAGGAAGGAGUCCUGUGAGAGCGGACCUUCCACCUGAUGGAGUAAAGAAGCGCAAGAAGCGUAACCGUUGGGGUGACGCGCAGGAGAACAAAGCUGCUGGUCUCAUGGGACUUCCCACGAUGAUCAUGGCGAACUUUACCAACGAGCAGCUUGAAGCAUAUACUCUCCAUCUUCGUAUUGAGGAAAUCAGCCAAAAGCUUCGUAUCAACGAUGUUGUCCCGGCGGAUGGUGACAGGUCUCCGUCACCCCCGCCUCAGUACGAUAACUUUGGCAGACGUGUAAACACAAGGGAAUACCGUUAUCGGAAGCGCCUCGAAGAUGAGCGCCAUAAGCUGGUCGAAAAAGCCAUGAAGACUAUCCCUAACUACCACCCGCCUUCUGACUACAGGCGUCCAACAAAGACUCAGGAGAAGGUCUAUGUUCCAGUGAACGACUAUCCAGAGAUUAACUUCAUUGGCUUACUCAUAGGUCCUCGUGGGAACACCUUAAAAAAGAUGGAGUCUGAGUCUGGAGCCAAGAUUGCCAUCAGAGGCAAAGGCUCAGUCAAGGAAGGAAAAGGUCGAUCUGACGCCGCUCACGCUAGCAACCAGGAAGAAGAUCUCCAUUGUCUUAUCAUGGCAGAUACUGAAGAAAAAGUCAACAAAGCUAAGAAGCUGGUGCACAACGUCAUCGAGACUGCUGCGUCCAUUCCUGAAGGCCAGAACGAGCUCAAGAGGAAUCAACUCCGAGAACUCGCCGCCCUCAACGGUACUCUUCGUGACGAUGAAAACCAGGCUUGCCAGAAUUGUGGUCAAAUUGGACAUCGGAAAUACGACUGCCCUGAGCAGCGUAAUUUCACUGCCAACAUCAUUUGCCGCGUUUGUGGAAAUGCGGGACAUAUGGCCCGCGACUGUCCCGAUCGGCAGAGAGGCACUGAUUGGCGUAACAACGGCGGCUACGGCCGUGCACCUAGAGCUAUUGGUGCAGGCGAUGCCGUCGAUCGUGAAAUGGAGCAACUUAUGCAAGAACUUUCUGGCGGUGCACCAGGUGAAAACGGCCAUGUUCCUCGCCGUAUCGAGGGCGGACCGGACAAUGGAUAUGAUGACCGCGACGUGAAACCAUGGCAUCGUCCCCCUCCGCCGAGCGAUGUCGCUCCUUGGCAGCAGAGAGGACGCGAACACCGCCCCCGUGACGAAUAUGGACCCCGAGACCAUGGAUCCCUGCCGCCGUGGGCCCAGAACCGUGAUCAUGGUUAUGGUUCGCAUGCAGGUGGAUAUUCCGCUCCAGGUACUGUGGCUGGGGCUGCACCUUGGCAUCAACAGGCACCUCCACCGCCGCCUCCUGGUGGAUCAGGUUAUGGAUAUGAAGCGUACCCGUCAUACGCUCCCCCUGCCCCUGGAGGUAUGGGAAGCUUUGGCGCGCCUCCGGGCGUGGGUGUUCCUCCGCCUCCAGGCAUGGGCUCAACAUUUUAUGGAGCGGGCAGUCCGCCUCCUCCCCCGCCUCCUGCCGAUGGACCUCCGCCUCCGCCGCCGAGUGAGCAACCCCCACCUCCCCCGCCUGCCUGA